AUGGGAGGAGGUGAAAGAUUUAACAUUCCUAUUCAACAGCAUAGGCAUAGUCUCGGCAAGCAGAACAACCGGCAAAAAUUAGAGCGGAACAAUCAGAAGAUGAAUACUUCUCAUGGAAAAGAUAGAGGUCGUGGUCCAUCUGGCUUAGUAUGGCAGGCCAUGCAAAACAGAGCAAAUAAUAAUCGUUCCUCAAACCAGAACUGGAAUUCGGGUUUCCCUGGGCCAAAGAACCUCUUGAAUUGUCAAGAAAACCAGAAUUAUGCCGGUGCCAAAUUCAGUGAGCCACCAUCACCAAGUGUUCUUCCAAAGCCACCAAGCCACUGGGUACAUCUGUCCUGUAGUCCCGCCGAGAAAGAAUUCAUGUCUUUUCAACUCAAGACGCUGCUGAAGGUCCAAGCCUAA